AAGGCUGGUGAUGAUGACCUCGGAUGCGACAUCGCAUUCCAUWUGUGACGACCUUUCCAGUAAUUGCUAACCAAAGCAAACACGUGUACUAAGUUGGURGUAUGAUGAUGCGACAGCCGCCACUGGCUGUGCAGUUUUUGUUGUUGCCGAAGAGGGUUUUGCGUUUGGGCUUGGUUGUUGGUAUCGGGAUCGCUAGCAUCGGCGCGGGCAUUGGACUUGACAUCCGUAUUAUUACUAGUACUCUCCUUGUGGGGGCGAGAAUAGACAGCGUUCGAUCGUUUUCUUUCUCCAGCAUUGAUUCUCGUUGCCACCGCAAUCGUAAUCGAAGUUCUUGCCGUAAUUUAGGAAGCAACUUUCAUAAUCGCCGUCUCGGAACAUUGCAACAAGAGAAUCCUUCCUCCAUUGUUCCCCACUACUACACGUUGUCUGUCACCCGAUCGCAAACCAACGAUGGCGGUCAAAAUAGUGCCGGCAGCAUUCAAACACACACAAACAUCGGGACCAACGGUGAUGAAUCUCCCCCAGGUCUAGUGUCGAAAACAAMAAAGCACAGGCUCAAGACGGRAGGACAUAGAAAUGGAAGCUCAUGGCAGGUGUGGAAAGUAAUUUCUUGGCUAGAGGAAUCUCUAUCGUUCGACAAAAAUGGAAGCAGUGCCACAAGCGAGGGGUACGGUCCAACGGGGGAAUUCACAGCGCGAACAACUCCAGACGCAAUAACAAACACAASAACARCAGCAGCARCAACAACAACAAAAUCCCUACCUUGGCACCACCCCGCACCCAGAUCAUUGGUUAUGGAGGUGGUUGCAAUCCUACGAAAACUCGCGAAGAAUUACGGGGGCGACAGCGAAUGGAAAGGUGUCCUCAACAAAUCGACGCUCCUCCAUGAGGUAGAAGAAUCGAUUGUUGCCCUCCAUUUCCUGAAGUGCCAACUCCUCGCGCUGGAGGAAAGCGACAGCGACAACCGCACAACUAACAAGACUCAUCCCUCUCGUCGCCGGCGAGAAAUGAUCGUUGUUGAUGCCUGCUGUGGCAAGGGCGUCUUUUCCCUGUUGUGUUCGUAUGUAUUUGCUGCCAGGCGCGGAAAUGGCGAUGACGAGGAAGACGACAACAAUAACGAAAACAAUGACCUGAAACUAAACUGCUCGCAAACCUCGAUCCGCAAAAUCAUUAUGUUGGACAAGGAUCCAAAGCUGCGCUGGGAUCACRUUAAAGACACUAACAAUGAUCGAAACGAAAAUCAACAAAGGCCGUUGAUUGAGUGCUGGCCAAGGUUCAAUCUCCACGAAAUUGAUGAGGUGGUGGAUCUUCUGUCCCAUCAAGUCGAUGACAGUCAAGAGAGGAACAGCAACUAUAAGAAAACUAACCGCACAAAACACGAAAGGGACACAGAACAACGAGAGUCACYACCGAUAGUUGCGMUAGCGGUGGUAGGAAUUCAUCUGUGCAAGACACUGAGCCCCACCUGUAUCGGGAUCGUGAACGCCCUGGGGCCGAAGAAAUGUCCGUGUCUAGUGCUCGCGCCGUGUUGCCUGCCACGGGUAGUUCUCCAGUCGCGGUACAAGGAACGAAAGCCGAACGCGAACACGACGCUGCUCCAGGUUCGGCAAUAUGAAACGCCCGUUGAGUUGGACCGGCGCAGGAAGGCCAAGGAACGUCGAGAUGCRUCCAUGGUCCGGGGGAAUAGGAUUGGAGGAAAGAAAACUCGCCCSGUCUCGAUGGUACGGCUCCCACCGAUACCCGGUGGGAAUUACCCCUCUCCCGUCGCCGGAGGAUCGACUAUUGGAAUUCCCGGAAGUGCGUGCUGGAAAUGUGGGGAAUUAGGGCACCAAAAAAAGGACUGCCCGUCCAACCAAUCCACCGGAAAGCCUCGCCUCGUACCACCGAUGAGUCUCUCAUUGGAUGUUUCGGGUAUCCUACAAGAAGAAACACCCUUYCAGGCCUAUUGCAACCUGUUGGCGACUAGCAUCCAACGAGACGAGGUUUCUGUUCGACAAACAAACAUCGAGAACGGCCAUUUCAAGAGCAGGAACAAAGAGAGAGACACCCUCGCUAAAAAUUGGAACAGCGAACGAAAAUCGAUUUUCAUAGUUGCGACCGAUGCCAUCUGACAAACGGAACAGUUACACAGUUUUGAUUAGAGGAGUUUCGUUCCUAGUAUGACUAUAAAGUUAUCAUUACGAG